CAGCUAAACCGCCCCAGCUCCUGCAUUAGUCUCAUUUUGCUACUAUAAUUUCGUAUCACUUUCACUGAAUUCGAGCAACUCGCCAUGCCUCCUCCAUCUACCUCGAAUGAAAAGACAGCAUUGCCAGAACAGACUGCAAUCGAUGUCGACGACCACCGUGUAGAAGACGUCGUCCUUGCAAGAAAAAUCACCGGACUAAAGUGGGCAGUCGUAGUCCUAGCCAUCAUCUCCUCAACAUUCCUCUACGCGCUCGACAACACCAUCAUGGCGAACAUCCGGCCCGGCAUCAUCAAAAGCCUAGGACACAUAGAGCUGCUGCCUUGGAUAACGGUGGCGUAUCCGCUAGGCGAAUUCAACAACAAAUGGCUGUACAUCACCGCAGUAUUUCUCUUCGAAGUCGGUUCCGCGAUCUCCGGCGCAGCGCCUACGAUGUCCGUCCUGGUGUUCGGACGCGUGCUCGCUGGUGUCGGCGGCUCGGGGAUAUACGUCGGGACUGUGAAUAUCCUUACGAUUAUGACUGCUCCGGUCGAGAGGGCCCAGUACCUCGGUUUUGUGGGUAUGGCGUGGAGCUUGGGUACCAUCCUUGGACCGAUGAUCGGCGGCGCCUUCAACGACUCCAAAGCGACAUGGAGAUGGGCCUUCUACAUCAAUCUGUGUGCUGCAGCGCUGGCGGCGCCUGCCUGGCUUCUCCUGAUUCCGUCGUCGUCGCCUCGCGCAGGGGUUAAACGGCUGGAAAAAGUGAAGCAACUCGAUUUCCUCGGGAUUACGCUCUUCGCUGGAGGCGUCGCGUCCAUCAUUUUGAUCCUCGGAUUCGGCGGUACGAUAUGGGAGUACUCCAGCGCUCGCAUGGUCGGCCUCUACGUCGCUCUCGGUCUCGUCUGGGUUGCGUUUAUUUGUCAACAGUGGCUGCGGAUUUUCACAAUCAGCCCGAUCUUCCCAAUACACUUCUUCGCUAAUGUGGAGCUCGUUAUCAUGUUCCUCCAGACGGCGAUUGCGAUCUCGGAUAUCCUCGUCACGAUAUACAUGCUGCCACUGUUCUUCCAAUUUGUGUACGGCGACUCUACGCUGCGCUCAGGCGUUUACGUCCUCGCCGUUACGGCGGCGGGAAUCGCUGCUGCGGGGGGCGGCGGCGCAGUGUUUCCGAAGUUUCCCCUGUACAUGGUCUGGUUUGUGGCAGCUAACGCUUUCAUUAUCAUCGGGGCGGCAUUGUUGACCACGAUAUCUGAUACUUCAUCCAGAGGGACUGUCUGCGGCUUUGCCAUCAUCAACCUUAUUGGCGGCGGCUUGAUCGUACAAUUAUCUUUCACUGUCGGACAGGUCAAGGCCGGUCCGAGGGACGUCCGGCCAGUUAACACAUUCCUCACGACCGCGCAGAUGUUCGGCCUUGCUGUCUCCCUAGGGGUUGCUACAGCGCUCUUCGUAAACAUUGCCGUCCCGGAGUUAUCGCUAUUGAUGCCUGACAGGACGAAGGAUGCUGUGUACGCUGCGGUGGAAGGCGUGGGUAACGCGUCGUUCGAUGAACUGUCCGACAUUGUGCGAGGAGAAAUAUUGAGAGUUGUUGCGAAGAGCGUGGCGAAGGUGUUUUAUCUCAAUGUAGCUGGGGGUGCUUGGGGGUUUGUGACAGCGCUUGCGCUGAAGCGGGAACGGUUGGCGCUGUGA